AUGCCUGCACUAACAUCGACGAGACAGAAUCGGGGGCGAGAUAACAACGAAUGCAAUUUACAACCGUCCGCGUGUGUAACGUUACGUUGUAAAUCUACGCCGCUGUCGAUUCUACUUUUGACUAGGGGCAGGGCGUUUGUGGCUUGCCGCUGGGCCAAAGUAAACACCGCCGGCAGACGAACGACGCUCGUGACGCCGAGCCGUUUGAAGCGGCGAUCGAUGUCCGUUUGUUUGGACCACGUGGCUAUUGAAGUUCAAAAGGAAGGCGCGCCAGCCCAAAGGCCGCCCACUUACAAUGUGGCCGAACGGGCGGCGGCGAUAACAAUCCGACCGGAUUACGACGGUCUCAUUACACAUGCUGACGACGUUCAUCCAUUCGCCGAUACAAUUUGGCGGGAUUAUCUCCUGGGC